GUUAUAGGAUUAGAUGAGGUAUAAGUGUACAAAGCACCUAACACAGCUCCUGGCACAUAGUAAGUGCUCAGUAGAUUUUUCCAGUCACUUUGUGAUGGAUAUAGAUCUCUAAAGCUCUGCUUUAAUGAAAAAUACUUCACCUGGCCGGGUGCUGUGGCUUAUGCCUGUUAUCCCAGCACUUUGGGAGGCCGAGGUGGGCGGAUCACUUAAGGUCAGGAGAUUGAGACCAGCAUGGCCAACAUGGUGAAGCCCCAUCUCUACUAAAAAUACAAAAAUUAGCCAGGCGUAGUGGUGCAUGUCUGUAACCCCAGCUACUCGGGAGGCUGAGGCAUUAGAAUUGCUUAAACCGAGGAGGUGGAGGUUGCAGUGAACUGAAAUCGCACCACUGCCUUCCCUCUGGCCUGGACAACAGAGUAAAAAACUUCACCUGAUACCAUUUGAAUGCACUUAUUUGUCAGUAAACACAUAAAUGAAACAAAGCCAUAAAAUGCCAUAGGCUUGGCACUGUGAGAUUCUUGGGACACAAAUAGGAAUGAGGUACAUGCCUUGCCUUCAGGGAGUUUGCAGGUAGUUAUAAGGUAGUCAAGUAAGCAGAUAGUUGCAGAACAGCGUGAAACGUGCUGUGAACAAAAUCCAUGUAGGAGGGACACACAAUGUAGACUAGACAGUCGGGAAAGCUUAGAGGAGACAGGGCCUGAGCUGAGCCGCACAGAGCCUUUGUAAACCUUUUUACUGUUUCUGUUGUUGUUUUUGGUGCUACCAAAUGAUUACUUAGGUCACAUUUUCCCAAAUUAAGUUUGACCUAUUGAGGAGUGGAUUAGAGUAGGUAACUCCCAAAGUCCUUUUGAAUUCUGAGAUUAUAUGAAAACUUCUCAAAUUAAGGGAAAUCUGAUCAAUUUUUGAUGACCAAGAAAAGCAGAAUUAAUGUUAGCUGCCUAAAUUAGAACACGUGGAGAAAGACCAAAAAGGAAAAAGUGUCACUUAUUUAAAAUAUUUUCUAUUAGAGCCAGAGAUGACAGCAAGGCAAGAAGCAGAAUGAGUGAGGUAUAAUGUUAUUUUUUAGAUGGUUUAUAUUUUCUUGAAUAUUUUAGAAAUUUAAGAAUCCACAGUUGGGGGCUUAAUGUAUAUAGCAUAAAUUUUUUAAAACAGUGGCUGGAUUCUGGAGUUGUGUGGGGAAAUGUCUGCUAUAAAUGUAUUUAGUCUGUAAACCACCAGAAGAUGUCACUCUCUCCCAAGUAAUCAUCCAUUCCAGCAGCCCUUAUACAGGUGCUUUUUUUUUGAACAUGAAUAAGCGAGGGAAGAUAUUGGUAAGAGUAUCUGCCUUUUGGUGUAGCAUCUACAAAAGGAGGGCACCUCAUGAGAUAUCCUUAUGAACAGUGUGUGGGUUUGUCCUGCCUUGACUCUUAACCCUCCAGAUAUCAUCCCUGUUCACUGCUCUAUAUGUUAAAAUUAUCUGGACACUCAGGGUUCUAUCUGCACCUUCAUGAACAAUGAAGUUGGUAAGAAAUCUUUCAGUAUUAUCUCUGGUCUUGACCUUUCAACAUUUCAGUUUGCAUUAUUAAGAUACAACUGUAUUUAACAGAUUACCAGAUUUUCUAGGAUAUUUUGGUUUUGGACACAAGUCACUAAGCAUAGUGCGUAAAGUAAAUCUAGUGUUUCCACACUGCAAUAAUAACGAGUAAAAGGAGUCAGUCUUUCCUUAUUUCCUCAAAAGGGGGGAUUUUGGAGCACACAGGUAGUAACACAUGUUAAAAAAAUAAAUAACCCUGUAAUUCCAGCACUUUGGGAGGCGUAGGCGGGCAGAUUGCUUAAGGUCAGGAGUUUGAGACCAGCCUGGUCAACAUGGUGAAACCUCAUUUCCACUAAAAAAUUAGCCAGGGGUGCUGGCACACACCUGUAAUCCCAGCUACCUGGGAAGCUGGGGCAGGAGAAUUGUUUGAACCUAGGUGGUGGAGGUUGCAGUGAGCUGAGAUCGUGCCACUGCACUCCAGCCUGGGUGACAGAACAAGAGUCUGUUUCAAAUAACAAUUUCAUUAUCUUUAUAGUCAGAAAACAGACUAAAAAAUGGAUAAUUGAGUGUCUUAUAUUGGGAUAAGAUACCUUACCUUGAGGAGAGAGAUCCUCCAGGAUGAAAUGAGAAAUAAUUUGUUAUAGGCAACCCAAUGGCAGCAAGCAAAUAAGCACAUGGGUAUGACUUCUUGUCGUAUCUCUGCCUGACCUCAAAGCAUCAUUGGCCUUCUUUAUGCCCUGGGCUUCAACAAUAAAGUGGAGUAGUCACCUCAACAUAGUUCUUUCUAUAAGUAGUUAUAAGGUUCAUAGGAACAGUGAAAAUAAAAGUUCUUCAUAAAUAUAAGGAAUUCAGGUUCAAACCAAAUUCUUGACUUUUAUGGUAUGUGAAAUACUUAGAUGAAUGAUUACAUGCUGUGUAGAAGUACCCUAAAUUUCUGUAUUUUUGGUUAUCUGGCCAUUUCUUUUAAAAUUUCAUUUAAUAUAUUUGGGAAGAAAAUGAAUGAUGCCCAAUAUUUAGGCAGUUACAGUGACAGACUGAAAAUGGAUAUUGAUGUGUUUCCAGGGUCUCCAAGUACGCAUCUUUAUAUUUGCAAAGUAUUAUAGAGAUGUCUUUUAUAUGUAGUGGCAUAAAAAUCCUAUAAUUUAGGAAACUAGAGCCAAAUUAAUUGAACUCCGAAUUAACUGAGUAGCUGGCUUACAGUGAGCUGAAAUUAAUGGGACUAACAGUGUUUCAUUAUGGACUGGAAGCAGCCUGUAAAAAUAAAGUGACAUUUGUAAUCAGGUGGGUUUAAAUCUCAGCUCCACCAAUAACUAUAAUUUUGAACAAAUUAUUGAGUGAGCCUCAGUUUGCUCAUGUGUAAAAUGGAGGUAAUAUCAAUUUGGUCAUUCUACUUUGUCAUAUACACUUUGUGAGAAUAAAAUGAUCAUGAAAUGCAAGUCAUAAAGAUGAUAUAGAAGCAAUUAUAAUAGAAUGGGAUAAAGGUUCCCAUUAGCCUUCCCUUAGAAGGGGAGUCUUACCCAGGAUGGGGUGGGUGCUGGCAAUCUUAAUCCAGAGGCCAGUAGUAUAUCAGUGUUUGAUAUGAAUUUCUCUUCACUCUGCUCUUAAUUUUCCCUAAUUUCCAGUGGAACAUUUUAAUGAGAGAGAGAUCAAUAUGUUACCCUAAUUAAUUACCCUAUGUUAACUAACCAAUAUGUUACCCUAGUUAAUUGUUUCAGAGAUGAGGUCUUGCUAUGUUGCCCAGACUGUGCUUGAACUCCUGGGCUCAAGUAAUCCUCCCACCUCAGCCUCCUGAGCAGUCGCUGGGACUAUAGGCACACACCACUGUGUCCCACUCAUACUUUAUUCUAAAAAUUUCCAUGGUAGCUAGGACAAGAGUGUCUAUAGUUAGGUGCUCAAUAAAGUUUCUAAAAGCAAAAGGAUUCUGAUUGUAUCUUUCCUGAGUUACAUUAAAGACACUCUUUACUACUCAGAGUAAGAUAGGAUCACAAUGUAUUGUGUACCAUGGUGGUGCAAGUUCAGGAAAUGGUCUUUAGGACCUCGUCCCAGCUCUCUGAAUUCUGCUGGCCAGGUUACCUUGGGCAAAAUUAGCAUCUUUAUUUCUUUAUCUGCUUAUUUGUUUUCAUAAGGUUAUAGUGAGAAUCAAAUGAGAUAUUUGAAAAUACUUUGUAUAUAAGCUUGACUAUCAAUAGAAGAGUUAAUGUCAAAUAUGGGAGUUCAGUGAAAAAAAUCAAGUUUUAUGUAUAUUUUGGUUAAUACUAAUGAUAGUUAACAAUAUACAAAUUUUAAAGGCUUGAGAGAAGUCCUGGAUAAAAGAAAUUUUUAUGUUUGUCUCAGGAUGUUAUUGGGGUGAGAAGGAGGAAUAUGGAGUUGGGUUAAGGAAUAGGGUUGGCAGGAAAAACUGCCACAGAAUUUAAGAGAGAAGGAACCCCAAAUGACCAGUUCUCUUUAUUACUUUUGUUUCCUUAUGAAGUCUCUUAUCGAAAAGGGUGAAUCAUUUGGUCAUUUUCUCUGAUCCUGGUUAAAAUUCUCCAUCUAACACUUUGUUUGGAUUUGAUGAAAUAAUUUUCUCAAGUAACUUUUUGAGUUACUUGUUUGGGAUUUGUUGGUUUCCUUUUUUCUUUUUUUUCUUUUUUUGUGUAGGUGGCAGAUUAGAACAACCUAUCUCACAACCAGCUCUCCUUGUUUUGCUGUUGCAGACUGGAGUCCUGCACAUCACCAAACUGGGCAGUCAGGCUCACCAAUCUAAGGUAGAGAAACACUUGGCAUUACAGGAUUUGGGUUUUUAAUCAUUGCAAUAGUAAAGACUCUUUGUUUGUAAGGAGCAGAAACUAUCUUGGGCAAUUUGUUAUAAAAAUGUGAGUAUUUUAUGAAACCCAAGGAUAAAAGGACAACUGAGUCUAGGCAGAUGAGGCCUGGAAGGCCAUGAGAAACAUCCUCACCCUAUACCCUCACGCUGUUAGUUUCAUCGUUUUAUUUCUCUUUUCCAAGACCAGUGUUUUCUGCAUCUCUACCCCACAAAGUUAAUGUAACCACCUUAUAGUUCCAGAGUCCUGCAAGAUUAACUAGCAGUCUUGCAAUUUCAAAGUUAAAUUUCUAGGAGGGCCAGGUGCGGUGGCUCACACCUGUAAUCUCAAUACUUCAGAAGGUUGAGGUGGGCAGAUCAUUUGAGGUCAGGAGUUUGAGACCAGCUUGGCCAACAUGGUGAAAUCCCAUCUCUAUUUAAAAAAAAAAAAAAUUAGGGCAUGGUGGCACAUACCUGCAAUUCCAGCUGCUCAGGAGGCUGAGGUGGGAGAAUUGCUUGAACCCAGGAGCUGGAGGUUGCAGUGAGCCGAGAUUGUGUCACUGCACUCCAGCCUUGGUGACAGAGAGAGACUCUGUCUCAGUAACCUAAAUAAAUAACUAGGAGAAUUUCACCUCUGACUGGUUCAGGUUUGUGCAGGUACCUACCCUGGUCCAUUCAACAGUGCUCAGGAGGAUGGGAGACAUCAUAGUUGACUACAGGACUUUUGGAGACCUGUCACUAUGAGAGGGAGGGGUCAGGGGACACUGGAAAUUCCCUAAAAAUGAAGAAUUGCUCUGAUCUGGGAAAGCACCCCUAAAGAUGCCUUAGUUAUAUUAUUUUCUCUAAGGGAAGAGGUGUUUUUAGUAUAAGACGAUGGGAAGUCAUUAAAUAUAUAGCAAUGGUGGGGAUUUUUUUCUACUAUAUCUGCAAGACGUCUAUAUAUCCCCAGCACAGACCCAGGCUUUUGUUUCACGCCCCCUAUAGGGAGUGCCACACUGCACAUAAUUUCAUAUCUUUGCUAUAUUUGAUAUUUUGAGAUGGGGACCACGUUUCUUUUUUUUUCUUUUUAAAAAGUUUUGUCUUUAUUGAGAUUCCUUAUUUGUUGAAUUAUUGUCAUUGCUUUUUUCCUUUGAUUUUUUAAACUUUUAAUUUCAGGGGUGCAUGUGCAGGUGUGUUACAUAGGUAAACCUGUGUCAUGGGGGUUGGUUGUAUAGAUUAUUUAAUCGCCCAGGUAAUAAGCCUGGUAUCCAUUAGUUAUUUUUCCUGAUCCUCUCCCUCCUCCCACCCUCCAGCCUCUGACAGGCCCCAGUGUGUGUUGUUCCUCUCUUUGUGUCCAUGUGUUCUCUUGGUUUAGCUCCCACUUGUAAGUGAGAACAUGCAGUAUUUGGUUUUCUGUUCCUGUGUUAGUUUGCUAAGGAUAAUGGCCUCCAGCUCCAUCCAUGUCCCUGCAAAGAACAUAAUGCUGUUCUUUUUAUGGCUGCAUAGUAUUCCAUAGUGUAUAUAUACCACAUUUUCUUUAUUUAGACUGUCACGGAUGGGCAUUUAGUUUGAUUCCAUGUCUUUGCUAUUGUGAAUAGGGAAGCACAUGUUUCAGUGCUCUUCUGAAACAACUGAAUUGCAUAGUGCUCAAGAUCAUCAGUCCAGCUGUGUUUUCUGCCCUGUGGGCAUUCCUACCUGACUCUCUGAUACUAUGCAAGGUUCCCCCCAAAUGCCAUGCUGUCUCAUGCAUGUCUUUGCUCCCCUGUUUUUUCAUUUUGUUUGCCUCAGUCAUUCUCCACCCUGAUGGUUUAUACUAUCCUCCCCUCAUCUAGGAAGCCCUCUCCCAUUCCCAUCUGCAGGCUCAGAUAGGUGUCCUUAUUUAUGCUCCCCCAGCUCUCUCUUGUGGGUCUCACUGCACUGUGAAUGACUCAUUCAUUUUCUGGUUGGUUUGUUUCUUCAAGGGGAAUAUCACAGUUCAACCUAUAUCACCAGUGCCUAAGAAGGGCCUGCUACCAGGUAGGUCCUUCAGAAAAGGAAGCCAUGAAUAAAUGAAUGAAAUGAGCAUCAGUUCUGUACAGUCUUGGUUUAUAUUUUUUUAGUCUCUAUUAUCAACAAUUCUACUGUAGAAGGUAAGAGUACAGGCUCUGUUCCCAGAUUUUCUGGGUCCAUAUCCUGUCUCUGUUCAGUUUCCUAGGUGUGUGAACUUGAAGUUUACUUCACCUCUGUAUGUCUUAGUCUCCUUAUCUGUGGAUGGUAUAAUGACAUUCCUACCUCAGGGUCAUUGUGGGGAAUUAAGUGAGUUAAUGCAUGUUAAUGCUUAACGUCUGGCACCUAGAAAAUUCUCUGUAAAUAUUAUUAUCCAACAUCUAAAUUACCCAAGAAACUCCAGAUCUAGGUAUGUUUCCUGAGCAAUACAUUCUGCAGGAAUGGUUAGUCCUCUCAGCAGUCAUUGACCCUCAGGAGAGAUGGAUGUGGUCUUUGCCUGGUAUUGCUUCCAUUAUGUGCUCUAAGAGAUAAGGAACAUAAGGGUAUGCUAAGCUAGAGGAAUGGGUUAGAAGCUCCACCAGUGGAUGCCUUCAGUAAGAGAGAAUGUUUAUCAUGUUUUAUUGUGUAUUUGCUUUUAAUGAAUGAGUGAGCUUUUUGAAGUCAAGCAAAUACUUGAUGGAAUGUUUAGAACUGUGGAUUCCUGGGGACUUCCUGUUCUCAGUCUUUUUUUUUUUUUUUUUUUUUGAGAGAAAGAAAAAAAAAGUGAAGGAGAGGAAGAAAGAGGAAGAAAAAGAGGGAGAGAGAAUGGAAAUGUUGAUUUAUUCUAAAAAAAUGGGUAUUAAUAAUGGCCAAUCAAUAUUUCAUUUAAAUCUAUGAGUAGGUGUGAUGUGGUAUUGACAAGAAUGUAUAUUUUGUGUAUUUAAAGUGGAGAGCUCUAUAAAUAUCUGUUAAGUUUACUUGUUCCGGAUCUGAGUUCGAGUCCUUGAUAUCCUUAUUAAUUUUCUGUCUCAUUGAGUCUAAGUCUGUAUGUAUCUGGGUGUUAGGAUCGUUAGCUCUUAUUAUUGCAUUGAUCCUUUUACCACUAUAUCUUUGUUGCUUUAAAAUCUAUUUUAUCAGAUACAAGAAUUGCAACUCCUGCUUUUUAUUUAUUUAUUUAUUUUUGCACUCCAUUUGGUUGGUAAAUCUUUCUCCAUCCCUUUGUUUUGAGUCUUUGUGUAUCCUUGCAUGUGAAAUGGGUCUGGAUGUAGCAUACCGUUGGGUUUUGGCUGUAUCUUUUGAUUGGGGGAUUUAGUCUAUUUAAAUUUAGGAUUACUGCCAUUUGAUGUUAACUGGCUGUUUUAUCCAUUCGUUGAUGUAAAUUCUUCUUUAUGUUGAUGCUCUUUACUUUUUGGUAUAUUUUUAGAAAGGCUAAUACUGGUUGUUUCUUUCUAUGUGUAAUGCUUCUUUCAGAAGCUCUUGUAAAGCAGGCUUGGUGGUAAUAAAAUCUCUGAGUACUUGCUUGUUCAUAAAAGAUUUUAUUUUUCCUUCAGUUGUGAAGCUUAGUUUGGCAGGAUAUGAAAUUCUGGGCUGAAAGUUCUGUUCUUUAAGGAUGUUGAAUAUUGGCCCCCACUCUCUUCUGGCCUGUAGAGUUUCUGCUGAGAGAUCUGCUGUAAGUCUGAUAGGCUUCCCUUUGUGGGUAAGCUGACCUUUCUCUCUGGCUGCCCUUAGUAUUUUCUUGUUCGUUUCAACCCUGGUGAAUCUUAACAAUUAUGUGCCUUGGGGUUGCUCUUCUUGAGGAAUAUCUUUGUGGUGUUCUCUGUAUUACCUGGGGUUGAAUAUUGUCCUGCUUUGCUAGUUUAGGAAAAUUUUCCUGAAUAAUAUCCUGAAGAAUAUUUUCCAGCUUGGAUUCAUUCUCUCCGUCGCAUUCAGGUACACCUAUCAAACGUAAAUUUGGUCUUUUCACAUAGCCCCACAUUUCUUGGAGACUUUGCUCAUUCCUUUUUAUCCUUUUUUCUUUAAUCUUGUCUUCUCGUUUUAUUUCAUUAAGUUGGACUUCAACCUCUGAUAUCCUUUCUUCUGCUUGAACAAUUCAAGUGUUUAAACCUGUGCGUACUUCUCGGAGUUCCCAUAUUGUAUUCUUCAGUUCCAUUAAUUCACUUAUAUUCCUCUCUAAGUUGUCUAUUCUCAUUACGAUUUCCUCAUACCUUUUUUCAAAGUUCUUAGUUUCUUUACAUUGGGCUACAACAUGUUCUUUUAACUCACAGAAGUUUCUUAUUAUCCAUCUUCUGAAGCCUGAUUCUGUUAAUGGGAUGCACUCGUUCUGCAUCAAGCCUUGUUCCCUUGUUGAUGAGGAACUGUGAUCCUCUUUAGAGGGAGAGGCAUUUUGAUUUUGAGUAUUCUCAGCCUUUUUACGCUGGUUUCUUCCCAUCAUUGUAAAUUUAUCCACCUGUCAUCUUUGUAAUUACCAACUUUCAAAUUAGGCCUCUGAGUGGAUGUCCAAGUUGUUAAUUCCCAGGGCCGAAAUAUGAGCAACCCACCGUGCGGGCCAAAACAGCGGUGUUAAGACUGAUGGUGCUUUUCUGCCUGGGAAUCUCCAAUCUGGCUUCCUUCUUGAGUCCGUAAUAGGCGACUCUGCCUUCCCGGAGCUCCAAACCUUGGUCAGAAGGGGAACCAGUCUCGUUUACUCUGCACCAAGAGCUGCCACGCUGAGGUGCCGGCAAAACCGCUGCACCGGCCACAAGAGUCGCCCUGGCGACCCGUGCGGCUCCUUCACUGGGAAUCUUCUGCUCUGUGAGCGACAAAAAUUUGUCUGAAAGUGUGGCGUCCUCUUGUUCUCCGCUCUUUCACUGGGAGCUGCAAUCCCGAGAUAUUAGCGAUCAGCCAUCUUGGAUCGUUCCCCCCGUUCUCAGUCUUGAGGGGUUAUGAUGGGAAGGCUGGUGAGCAGAAACUAUGUUUUUAAAAGCCAGAGCUAGGCAGAAUUUUUUUGUUGUUGAAAAUCAAGUGUUUAGGAACAAGCUGAGGGCCAGGCACGGUGGCUCACGCCAGUAAUCCCAGCACUUUGGGAGGCCAAGGCAGGAAGAUUGUUUAGGCCCAGGAGUUCAAGACCAACAUAGGCAACAGAGUGAGACCCUGUCUCUACAAAAAAAAAAAAAUUAAAAUUAACUGGGCAUGGUGGUGCACAUUUGUGGUUCUACCUACAUAGGAGGCUGAGGUGGGAGGAUUGCUUGAACCUGGGAGGUUGAGGCUGCAGUGAGCCAUGAUCAAGCCACUCACUGCUUUCCAGCCAGGGCAACAGAGUGAGACCCCCAUCUCUAAAAAGAAAUAAAAUAAUCCUGAAGUAGGAACAAGUUGUUCCUAUAAUUUAUAGGAAAUUAAAAAGAUCUAGAAUAGCAAAACAAUUUUAAAAAGCAAAGAUUGAAGACAUUCAUUUUUCAAUUUAAAAAUAUACUAUAAAGCUACAGUCAAGUCAGUGUGGUACUGGCAUAAAAAUAGAUACAUUGGGCUGGGUAUGGUAGCUCACUUUUGUAAUCCCAGCACUUUGGGAGGCCAAGGCAGAUGGAUCACUUGAGCCCAGGAGUUUAUUCAAGACCAGUUUGGCAGCAUCUCUGCAAAAAGCACAAAAGUUGACCGGGCAUGGUGGUGCAUACCUCUAGUCCCAGCUACUUGGGAGGCUGAGGUGGGAGGAUGGUCUGAGCCUGAAAGGUGGAGGUUGUGUAGUAAGUUGAGAUCACACAACUGUGCUCCAGCCUGGGUGACAGAGUCAGACCUUGUCUCACAAAAAAAAAAAAAAAAAAAGACUUAUAGAUAAUAGAUGAAUAGAACAGAACUGAUAGUCUGGAAAUAAAUCUUUAUAGUAAAUAGAUUUUUGACAAAGUUGCCAAGGUAAUUUCUUAAAGAAAGGAUAAUAUUUUUAACAAAUAAUGCUGAGACAGUUGGAUAUCCACAUGAUGAACUUAGAUAUUUAUUUCACAUUAUAUAUAAAAAUAAACUAUUAAAAAAAUAUUCUUUGAGACAGGUUCUUGUUCUGCUGCCCAGGCUGGAGUACAGUGGUACGGUCACAGUUAAUUGCAGCCUCGACAUCUUAGGCUCAAGGGAUCCUUCUGCCUCAGCAUUCUGAGAAGCUGGGACUACAGGCACAUGGCCCUACGCCUGGCUACUUUUUCAUAUUUUUUGUAGAGACAUGGUCUCACUGUGUUUUGCCAGGCUGGUCUUGAACUCUUGGGCUCAAGUGAUCCUCUCAGUCUCCCAGAGUGCUGUGAUUACAGAUGUGAGCCACUGUGCCCAGCCUAAAAAUAAACUAAAAUAGAUCAUAGACUUAAGUAUAAGAGCUAAAACAAUAAAACUUACAGAAGAAAACAUAGAACAUCUUUGAGACUUCAGGUUAGGCAAAGAUUUCUUAGAUACAACAACAAAAGCACAGUCCAUAAAAGAAGAAAAAAAUGAAUAAAUUGGACCAAAUCAAAACUCAAAAUGUUUGCAUUUCCAAAAUGCAGAAUAAAUAAAAUGAGAAAACAAACAGCAGACUGGGAGAAAAUAGUUCUGAAACACAUAUCUGAUAAAGAACUUGUAUCCAGAAUAUAUACUCACGUAACUCAAUAUCCAACAGAUAAAAACCCACUUAAAAAAAUGGGCUGAAGACUGGGUGUGGUGGCUCACGCCUGUAAUCCCAGCACUUUGGGAGGCCAAGACGGGUGGAUCACCUGAGGUCAGGAGUUCGAGAUCAGUCUGGCCAACAUGGCGAAACCCUGUCUCUACUAAAAAUACAAAAUUAGCUGAUUGUGGUGGCACACAGCUAUAAUCCCACCUACUUGGGAAGCUGAGCAGGAGAAUCACUUGAACCUGGGAAGCAAAGGUUGCAGUGACCUGAGAUCGCACCAUUGCACUCCAGCCUAGGUAAAAAGAGCAAAACUCUGUCUAAAAAAAAAAAAAAAAAAAAGCGUAAAAAUUUUACCAAAAAGGAAUAUGAAUAGAUAAAAAGCACAUGGAAAGAUGGUCACUAGUCACCAUGGAAACACCAAUUAAAACCACAAUGAGAUACCAUGUUACACUCAUUAGAUUGGUUACACCAAAAAAGAAAACAAAUACAGCAAGGAUGUGCAGAAAUGAGACCCCACCUGCAUGCUGCAGGGAAUGUAAAUUAUUGUAGCCACUUGGAAAAUAAUUUGUUCGUUUCCUAAAAAGCUAAACAUACAUUUACUUUAUGAUCCAGCAAUUCUACUCCUAGGUAUUUAUUCGAGAGAAAUGAAAACAUAUGUUCACACAGACUUGUAUGCAAAUAUUCAUAAGUCCUAUUUAUAAUAUUCAGAAAUUGGAAACACAGGUAAAUACUUGGUGGAGUGAUUAGACUGUGGAUUCUUGAGACCUUCAUGUUCUGUCUUGAGGGGUUAUGAUGGGAAGGUUGGUGACCAGAAACUGUCUUUGUAGAAGCAACUGCCCUUUUAGAAACUAUCCUAAAUGUCCAUCAACAGGUCAACGGAGAAACAAAAAUGUGGUAUAUGCUUACAAUGAAGCAUUACUCAACUAAAAAGAAGAAAGGAACAAACUACUGAUACAUGCUGUGACUGGAUAGACCUCAGAAUCAUUAUAGUGAGUGGAAGAAGCCAGACACAAGCAACCAUAGAUUGUAUGAUUCUAUUUAUGUGAAAUGUCCAGAAAAGGCAAAUCUUUAGAGGUGGAAAGUAGAUUAGUGGUAUCCUGGUAUGAGAGAUACCAGGUAUGAGAGGAUAUGAUAUGAGAGAUGAGGAUUAACAGUGAAAAUGAAGGGUCUAUUUGGGGUGGAAAUAUUCUAAAACAUCCAGUUAUACAACUUGGUAAAUUUAUAAGAAUCUGAAUUGUCCACUUGAAGUGAAGUGAGUGAAUUAUUUGAAAUGCAAAAUACAUCUCAGUAAAGUGUGUGUAGGGAGGGAGGAAGGUCGGGGAGGGGUAGAGAGAGAGAUUGAAAGAGAGAGAGAGAGACAGAAUGAAUGAGAAAUGGUUGCAGCCAGGCUAUUUGGAUCUGGAACCUGGGUCUGCUGCUGUAUGAUCUCAGACAAGUUUAACCUCUCUUUGCCUCAGUUUCCUGCCAGUAAAAUUGGGGAAAAUAAGUUAUUUACUAUAAAGCCAUGCUGGGAAGAUUGUGGUGAUACUUAAAGAGUGCUUACUUAACACAGAGCUGAGACCCUAGAAAGAGCUCAAUAGAUAUUAGCAAUAGUUAGCCUACCAAGGAUCCAGCACAGACUUAGUUGAACUUAAUUCAAAUCUUGGAGAAUUUGGACAGUGGCUUGCAGAGGAUAUUGACUGGUCUUGUGGAAUUGACUCCCGGGGAGGCUGAGAGCCUACAGCCUAUGAUUUGUCAGUUACAUGCAGACUGGGGGAUUGGAACACAGGAGCCUCAAAGAUGAAGAGUAUUUUUCCACCCCAGCAGCAUUCGCAGAGGUGUCAUCCUGCUGCCCAUAAAUGUGGCCACAAUGUGCAAUGUUUCAGCCCCAGUUCAACAAGUAUUUACGUUAUGCCCACUCUUUGCCAGGUCCUGCUGGGGCAGAGGACAGGUGAUUUGGAGGCACAGAGGAGGGACACCUCACCUUGCCCAUGCAGUUUUCUAGAGGAUAUGAUGUCUUUGUUUGAUUUGAGACCCCCUAGAAGUUACCCAGAUGAAGGGGUGCAGAGAGUUACCCAGGCAGAGGGUAUAGCUUGAGAAAAGCCUAGAGGCAAAAGGGAGCUUGCUGAGUUCGAUGAUAGGAGGAUGUGGAAAGCAGAGUGACAAGAAGAAAGACGGGGUCCCAGGGAAAGGCCUUGGGUGCCAUGAUAAAGAAUUUUAUUGUAAAUAGUACUACAAUAAAUAUGUGUGCAUGUGUCUUUAUAGCAGAAUUAUUAGAACAUAUGGACACAGGCAGGGAACAUCACACACUGGGGCCUGUUGGUGGUUGAAGGGAGAGCAUUAGGACAAAUAUCUAAUGCAUGUGCGGCUUAAAACCUAGAUACCAGGUUGAUAGGUGCAGCAAACUACCAUGGCACAUGUAUGCCUAUGUGACAAACUGCACGUUCUGCACAUGUAUCCUGGAACUUAAAGUAAAAAAAAAAAAAAGUCCAUCUAGAGGGAGAAAAGGAGAAAAAACAAAAAGAAUUUUAUUUCUCCUGAGGGCAAUGAGAAGUGCAGUUUCUAAGUAUCUUCUGGCUCAGAGAUAAUUAAAUGGUCCCAAAUGGCAUCUACCUAUCACACUUUGAGAGAGCCUGUUCUGUUGAUUAGGAGCAAAUAAAUGUCCUCCUGGAUGUUUAUGGCCUGGGUUUUUCAUUUGGGCAACUGAAAUGCAGGUUCCUUCCAGGACCACAUCCAUGCUACUGGCUGGCUGAAAAAUGGCUGCAAGUCUCUCACAAGGGGAAUACAAAGCAUGGAGUGGUGGCUGUGAGCCUGUCUGCAGGGCCAGACCUCAGAAAAGCAGAGGACUGUAAAUGUUUCAUAAACUUCUCUCUGGGUGCCUGCGCUGGCUGAGAGCCCAUUCAUCAGCCCAGGCGGCUGAGGGGCAGGUAUUGUGCCGGUUACUAUAGCAUCACCUUGGAAAGGCUCAUUUCGUGAGAGCCGCCCGCGAGCUGGGGUGGGGCAGGAGGGGGACGCGGCUGGCUGGAGGAACUGGCGCUAGGCCACGGAUGCUGCUGCUUGUCUCAGGACUUCUGGUGGUCCAGAGCUCACGCUAGCGUCCCCAGCUGCAGCCUAGGGAGGGAGAGAGGCUGCGCUCAGUCUGAGAGUGGCUGCCUAGACAUCGACCACAGGCUGCUGCAGAGAGUGUAGCUUUUGCAAGGGGCUGAAUUCCCAGCCAGACACCGGUUGGCCUCCUUUUUGGAGGGGUGGGAAAGCAGAGAGAGGAGGGAGUUGUCUCAUCUUGGAAGAUCUGGGCUGGGUUUCAUCUCCUUUUUGGUUUUGAGUGGUUCCCUCCAUGAGAACUGACUUCCAGGUGUUCGCCAAGGGAAACAAGGUGCUCCCCACACUGGAAAUGAGAAAGGAUGACAGUUUUUGAGACUGACUGUUAACGGCUCAGAGGUGCCCCUCAUUCAAAAUGCCUUUUAAAGCAUUUGAUACCUUCAAAGAAAAAAUUCUGAAACCCGGGAAGGAAGGAAUGAAGAACGCCGUGGGAGAUUCUCUGGGAAUUUUACAAAGGAAAAUCGAUGGGACCACUGAGGAAGAAGAUAACAUCGAGCUGAAUGAAGAAGGAAGGCCAGUGCUGACGUCCAGGCUGAGCCCCCCACUCUGCGACUGCCACUGCUGCGGCCUCCCCAAGCGUUACAUCAUUGCUAUCAUGAGUGGGCUGGGAUUCUGCAUUUCCUUUGGGAUCCGGUGCAAUCUUGGAGUUGCCAUUGUGGAAAUGGUCAACAACAGCACCGUAUACGUUGAUGGAAAACCGGAAAUUCAGACAGCACAGUUUAACUGGGAUCCAGAAACAGUGGGCCUUAUCCAUGGAUCUUUUUUCUGGGGUUAUAUUAUGACACAAAUUCCAGGUGGUUUCAUUUCAAACAAGUUUGCUGCUAACAGGGUCUUUGGAGCUGCCAUCUUCUUAACAUCAACUCUGAACAUGUGCAUUCCUUCUGCGGCCAGAGUACAUUACGGAUUCGUCAUGUGUGUCAGAAUUCUGCAAGGUCUAGUGGAGGGUGUGACCUACCCAGCCUGCCAUGGGAUGUGGAGUAAGUGGGCACCGCCUUUGGAGAGAAGUCGAUUGGCCACAACCUCUUUUUGUGGUUCCUAUGCGGGGGCGGUGGUUGCUAUGCCCCUGGCUGGGGUUUUGGUGCAGUACAUUGGAUGGUCCUCUGUCUUCUAUAUUUAUGGUAUGUUUGGGAUUAUUUGGUACAUGUUUUGGCUGUUGCAGGCCUAUGAGUGCCCAGCAGCUCAUCCAACAAUAUCUAAUGAGGAGAAGACCUAUAUAGAGACAAGCAUAGGAGAGGGGGCCAACGUGGUGAGUCUAAGUAAAUUUAGUACCCCAUGGAAAAGAUUUUUCACAUCAUUGCCGGUUUAUGCAAUCAUUGUGGCAAAUUUUUGCAGAAGCUGGACCUUUUAUUUGCUCCUUAUAAGUCAGCCUGCUUAUUUUGAAGAGGUCUUUGGAUUUGCAAUAAGUAAGGUGGGCCUCUUAUCAGCAGUCCCACACAUGGUUAUGACAAUCGUUGUACCUAUUGGAGGACAAUUGGCUGAUUAUUUAAGAAGCAGACAAAUUUUGACCACAACUGCUGUCAGAAAAAUCAUGAACUGUGGAGGUUUUGGCAUGGAAGCAACCUUACUCCUGGUCGUUGGCUUUUCCCAUACCAAAGGGGUGGCUAUCUCCUUUCUGGUGCUUGCUGUAGGAUUUAGUGGCUUUGCUAUUUCAGGUUUUAAUGUCAACCACCUGGACAUUGCCCCCCGCUAUGCCAGCAUUCUCAUGGGGAUCUCAAAUGGAGUGGGAACACUUUCUGGAAUGGUCUGUCCCCUCAUUGUCGGUGCAAUGACCAGGCACAAGACCCGUGAAGAAUGGCAGAAUGUGUUCCUCAUAGCUGCCCUAGUGCACUACAGUGGUGUGAUCUUCUAUGGGGUCUUUGCUUCUGGGGAGAAACAGGAGUGGGCUGACCCAGAGAAUCUCUCUGAGGAGAAAUGUGGAAUCAUUGACCAGGAUGAAUUAGCCGAGGAGACAGAACUCAACCAUGAGAGUCUUUCGAGUCCCAGAAAGAAGAUGUCUUAUGGAGCCACUGCCCAGAAUUGUGAAGUCCAGAAGAAGGAAUGGCAAGGACAGAGAGAAACGAUCCUUGAUGAGGAAGAGCCAACAUUCUACCAGAAUGAAGAGAGAAACUUCUCAGCUACAUCCUAAUGUCUGAGGGGCACUUCUGUCUUCUCCUUACUUUAGAACCAGAAAGUAUCCAAACCUAUUGCCUUUCUUGUAGCCCGGCUUGUCAGAGGUCCAAAUAUGGGGAGGGGAGAAGAUCUAACCAGGGACAGGGAAAAGAGAAAUAUUAUCUUUCAAUGACACGCAUAGGUAAAAAGCUGUGCUCAGUUGGUAAAAUAGUUGGUAAUACAUAUUUUUUGAAUUGACAGUUGACCCUUCUCUCAAAGAGCUGAACUUAUUCAGAAAGGAAUGACUAGAAGAAAAAGGAGACAAUACCAUGUUGUUCAAAGAAACAUAGAAGGAAAUGGGGAUAUUUGGCCAGAAGGAAUGUAAACAAUAGCUGCCACCACAUCUCUAAGGUAGCCAUGCAGAGGAGGGCCUCAUAUUCCCAAUGAACCCCACAUUGUGGCAGGUGCUGUAUAAACACUCUUAUUCUCUGCACCUUUAUGACACACAUUUCUUAUCCCAUUUUACCACCAAGGAAACUAAAGCAACAAGAUAUGAACUUGCCCAAGGUCAUCUGUCAGAGUCAGUGCUGAGAUUGUUGAAGCCCCCAGUAGGUGGCAGUUCUAGGAAAGAAGAUUUCCACUCAGUGUAGGGAAGACAUUUGUAAUGAUGAAAACUGAAAAUGGAGUAAUUGUGCGUAAUUCACCAUUUUUGUAGGUGUCAGGUAAGGGAAACAUUUCAGUAGAUGAGGCAGAGGGGAUUCAAAUGUGUGAGAGGCUGGAUCCAAAGACCUUUAGUGUCCUGUGUUAUCUGAAGAGUCAAAUGGUUCUGUGACUCCAUAGUUUUUAAAGUAAUGAGGGUCGCAGACUACAUCGGAGAUUCAAAUAGGUUUUUUUUUUUAAAGCUAAGCAAGAGAGCCACAUUUUUAGAAAUCUGAGAGUCAAAAUGGCUGGAAGCAGUAAAGAAGAGAUUGGCUAUUAAGUUUCAAUCUUCCAUAAUGUUAAGAAUGCAGCUAAGUGAUGUCCCAAAUUACUUAUAAACAUUUAAGACAUUUAAUAAUUUAAGAAGUAGGUUAAUGUUUUUUCUUACGUAAAAUUCUCCUGAAAGAAUUUUCUAUUUCAAAAAAAUGUAUAUCUCUAGCCUUUUUUUUUUUUAGCUGGAGGUUGUAUUAGGAAGUUUCAUCAGAUUAUAUAAAAUUAUGAUUUUAUAUCAAAUGUAUUCAUAAUGACUAUUUGGAAUGAUAUUCAGGGAAAUCACAAUAAUGUAGUGGUAGUAAUACAGGGAAAUACUAGAGUGAAAACAUCUGGGACAAUUAGACCUACAAUUAGUGUUGAAAAAUUUACCUUUGAUAGCAUAAGGCAAUUACAUGGAUACUUUUAGAUAUAUUUAAAUUGUUAAUGUUGGCAUCCAAAGGGUUGUUUGAAAUUAAAAUUAUUUUCUUGUUCAUUGGUUUUGAAAAUUUUAUUUCUACUUUCAGAAGAAAAAUAUAACAUGGAAAAAAUUAUAGAUUUACUUGUAGUUUAUCAAUGUAAAGUGGUUUUUUUUUUGUUUUUGUUUUUUUUUUUUUCUAAUUUCUCCCACAUGUAUUUCUGGUCCCCAGUUAUACUAGCUAAGUUAUAGUGUAUUUUAUAAAUGGAAUAAUCUUGGGGAAAAAUUGUGACUCUUCAUUAAAUAAUAUUCCUUAUGUCACUAGCAUACAAUUUAUGUUAGUAGACAUUUUCAAAUCUCUUUAAUGAGUGAAUCCAUGCAAGCCUCAUAGAACAGUUGCUAGUAUGCAGAAAAUGCCCAAGUAAAUAGUUGGCAUUAUCAUUAUCAUCUUCUAACAUUUUUGGACUUUUCAGUUGAAAAGAAAACAUGUUAUGUCAUUUUUAUCCAUUAUCCCCAGAACUUAUUGUGAAAGUUGUGAUGUUUUCUAAGUAAAAUAUGAAAUAAAAAUUUAGCGAUUUA